AUUAUAAUACUCUCUAAGCAUCCUUUCAUUUGCUUCAUUUUUACUUUCUCUCUCUAAUUACCCACUAAUUACCAGUAUUAUCUCACUAACCUUUUUCUUUUUUCUUUCUUCUUCUUUUUCUCUAAUUUCCUCUUCCCCAUUCACUAAUCAUUUAAGAAAAAAAGUGCAAAAAUGGUGGAUUUAAGCUUUUAUGUUGGAGUGAUAGGUAAUGUAAUUUCUUUGCUCAUGUUUCUAUCUCCAGUGUCGACGUUUAAGAGGAUAAUAGAACAAAAGUCAACAGAAGAGUUUUCAAGUGUACCAUACGUAUGUACGCUGUUAAACUCAUCAUUAUGGACAUAUUAUGGUCUAAUUAAGCCUGAAUACCUUGUUUCUACAAUUAAUGGCUUUGGUGUUCUUGUUGAGAUGAUCUACGUCAUUUUAUUCCUUAUUUAUGCCCCUCGCCUUAUGAAGGUGAAGACAUGGAGCUUGGUGGGGAUCCUAAAUGUUGGGUUCUUUGGAGCAGCAAUAGUAGUACCCAAGUUGGCAUUGCAGGCUCCUCAACAAGUUGAUGCUUUGGGCUUUCUUUGUUCUGGUUUAAACAUUGUUAUGUAUGCUUCUCCUCUUGCUGCCAUGAAAACAGUGGUGACAACAAAAAGUGUAGAGUACAUGCCGUUCUUUCUUUCUUUUUUCAUGUUUUUGAAUGGAGCAACCUGGACUUUUUAUGCUGUGCUUCGUUGGGAUUUUUAUCUUAUGGUACCAAAUGGGAUGGGAUGUUUACUUGGGGCAGUACAAUUAGUGUUAUAUGCUAUUUAUAGAAAGGCUAAACCUUCAAAGGGUGAUCACAUGUCACAAAGAUUGAUUGAGGAAGCUUGACAACCACCAAUUCUCAUUUCUUCUUGAAGUCAACACUCUUGAGCAAUCUCAUUAUGCUCAUAACAUGAUUUCUUCUCUUCUAUGGAUUGAUAGACAUGUAUUCUUUAAUUUUCCAAAUACUUGCUUUCUUAGAGAUAAGAAGACAUACUUGUAUAUGAUUGAGGAUUCCCUCUUCAUAAGGAUUUUGAUGGGUGCGUAUUGCAUUUUGUAUUACAAUGUAUUAUUGAUGCAAUGUAAAUUAAAGAUGUACUCUUGCAUAAGUUUAUGUGUAAGAAUUAAGUUGUAGGUUUGAGGUAAA